AAGUAAGUGAAAAGAAAAGCAUAGUCCAGAGGUCUAAGGGACACGGAGCACUAUGCAGGACUCUGGUGCCUUCCUUUAAAAAAAAAAAGAGCUGAGAUUUCUCAACAAAGAAAUAAUUAAUUGGGCAGCAGCAAGGUGGCCAUUGGAUCACCUUUCCUGGGUCUCUUCCCUAUCCCCCCCGCCCCCCCUUUCAAGCAAAGAGGAGGAAUGGCAGGGCCUUUUGGCUACAUUUCCACACCGCAGUUUGCUCAAAGUUUUUUUGAAUGGGUGACAUAGUCAUAUGAUUGCAUAUUUAAAAGUUACAAAAGGGCAUAUAGUGAUAAAUCUCCUUUCCACCUCAGUCCCCCUCCCACCAAUUUGUCAUCUCUUGUUUCUGAUUUUUAUACAAGUGAUAAAACUUUGCAACACUUUGCUUCUCCCCCAUUUGUUAAUAUAUCUUAGAGGUUGUUUCAUAUCAAAACAAUGAGCUUCUUCAUUUUUUAUGCCUGCAUAGUAUUCCAUUUUAUGUUUGUAGUUUCGUAGUUCCGUAUUGGUGGAUAUUUAGGCUGAUUCUAAUCUUUCGUUUCUACAAAUAAUGCUGAAAUGAAAAUCUUGUGUAGACAUCAUUUUGGCCAUAUGGGGCUUUAUCUGUAGGAUGAAUAUUUAGAAUUGGAAGGUUCUAUAUAGAGAGAAUUUUUCACUCUUGUCAUUCAUCUAUCCAGUAUUUAUUGAGUGCCCAUUAUGUGCCAGAUACUCUUGCAUGUUCCAGGAAUCCAACUUUCAACAAGUCAGACAUGAUCCCUGCCCUUGUGGAAUGUUACUACCCUCUAUUAAAAGGAAACAAAAAAGGAGACCAGACAGAGAAUAAACUGGGAGGAUCUGCUUUAAAUAGAGUCAGGAAGACUUCUUAGAGUAAGUGAUAUUUAAGCUGAGAACUAGAUGGGACAUGGCCAACCAUUAGGUGUAGGAUGGGGAAACCUAGGCUAUUCAGAGCCUCCCCCAGAGGCAAGGAGUUCAGGAUCUGUAGGGGAUCAUACUGGGGCUAGCGUAGAGGUGGAAGUGAAAAGACCCCGGUAGUGUGAGGGUAGGGUGAGCUGUCUGUCUCUUUCAUACUCCUUAUCUGUGUUUUAAAAAUAUCCCACAUAAGUCAGGGGAGGGGGAGUACAGCUAAAGAGAUGAAGGGGGUGAUUGGGAGUGGAAGAUAUCAAAGAAUGAGUGACUAAAGAUGAGGCCAGAUAGGGGAGGGGUCUGGUAGUAGAGGAGAGUUAGGGAGACUAGUACUUAUGAAGGACUAUUUAUUAUUUGUGUUUAGAGGGCUCUGUACCUGGCUGAAUUCAGGUGGGGAAACAGGAAAAGAGGCCACUUCCUUCCUGGAUAUUUUAUGAAUGAGAGGCCACAGUUUAACUGGUCUGAGGGAGGCACAGCUUUGCCUGCAGACAGGAGAGUGGAUGAAAUGCCUUGGGCAGAGCCAGUCUGCCUGUAGUACAGCCUCCAACCUUUCUGUGGCUUUAGCAAAAUGGAAACUUCUAAAUUAAAGAUGACAUUGAAGGGACUCAGCCAGCUGGCUCUGGGCUGAUGGAAGAGAGAGCAGACCUAUCCAGGGCUCAGAGCUGGGAGUGGGCAGGAAGUUGGUCUUGGAGACUCUUUCUCUGAAGUUUAUACUCCUUUUUUAUCCUCACCCCUCUGUUUCCCUUUUGCAAACGCCCAUCUCUUUGCCUAUCCUGGGUCCUAUGACUUUUCUCUCCCUCAACAGUCGGUUCCCGAUUCUGGUCCCCGGCCCCCAGCAGCGCCUGCCCCCUUCCCACCGGGGCCCCCCAUGAUGCCACCACCCUUCAUGCCCCCUCCAGGAAUCCCUCCGCCCUUCCCUCCGAUGGGGCUACCGCCCAUGAGUCAGAGACCACCCGCCAUCCCCCCCAUGCCACCUGGCAUCAUGCCCCCAAUGCUACCACCAAUGGGGUCACCACCACCACUCACACAGAUACCAGGAAUGGUACCUCCCAUGAUGCCAGGAAUGCUGAUGCCUGCAGUGCCUGUCACCGCAGCGACGGCUCCAGGUGUGGACACCGCCAGCUCUGCUGUGGCUGGGACAGGCCCUCUGAGGGCCCUAUGGAGUGAGCAUGUAGCCCCUGAUGGGCGCAUCUACUACUACAAUGCUGACGACAAGCAGUCCGUGUGGGAGAAGCCCAGCGUGCUCAAGUCCAAGGCGGAGCUGCUGCUGUCCCAGAGUCCCUGGAAAGAGUACAAGUCGGACACAGGCAAACCUUACUACUAUAACAACCAGAGUAAGGAGUCCCGCUGGACCCGGCCAAAGGACCUGGAUGACCUUGAGGCUCUAGUCAAACAGGAGGCUGUAGGGAAACAGCAGCAGCCCCAGACACUACAGACACAGCCUCCUCAGUCACAGCCUGAGCCCCCACCUGCACCUCCUGGCCCCACCCCACUGCCUAUGAGCCUCCUAGAACCCGAGCCAGGUGGGAAUGAAGAUUGCGAUGUGUCAGAUGCUGUCCAGCCCCUGGAGCAGGGGUUCCUGCAGCAGCCAGAGGAGGGCCCCAGCAGUUCUGCUGCACAGCAUCAGCCACCACAGCAGGAGGAAGAGGAAUCAAAGCUAGAACCAGAGAGGUCUGGCCUCAGUUGGAGUAACCGUGAGAAGGCAAAGCAGGCCUUUAAGGAGCUGCUGAGGGACAAGGCUGUCCCCUCCAAUGCCUCAUGGGAACAGGCCAUGAAGAUGGUGGUCACCGACCCCCGUUACAGUGCCUUGCCCAAAUUGAGUGAGAAAAAGCAGGCAUUUAAUGCCUACAAGGCGCAGCGGGAGAAGGAGGAGAAGGAAGAGGCGCGACUGAGGGCCAAGGAGGCCAAGCAGACCUUGCAGCACUUCCUGGAGCAGCAUGAGCGCAUGACCUCCACCACCCGCUACCGGCGGGCAGAACAGACCUUUGGGGAGCUGGAGGUCUGGGCUGUGGUCCCCGAGAGGGAUCGAAAAGAGGUUUAUGAUGAUGUCCUCUUCUUCCUGGCCAAGAAGGAGAAGGAACAGGCCAAGCAGCUCCGGCGCCGCAAUAUCCAGGCCCUGAAGAGCAUCCUGGAUGGGAUGAGUAGCGUCAACUUCCAAACCACAUGGUCCCAGGCCCAGCAGUACCUCAUGGAUAACCCCAGCUUUGCUCAGGACCAUCAGCUUCAGAACAUGGACAAGGAAGAUGCGCUGAUCUGCUUUGAGGAGCACAUCCGAGCUUUGGAGAGGGAGGAGGAGGAGGAGCGGGAGCGGGCCCGGCUUAGGGAGCGGCGCCAGCAACGCAAGAACCGGGAGGCCUUCCAGACCUUCCUGGAUGAGCUGCAUGAGACAGGGCAGCUGCACUCUAUGUCCACCUGGAUGGAACUGUACCCAGCGGUCAGUACUGAUGUCCGCUUUGCCAACAUGCUGGGCCAGCCGGGUAAGACAGCUGGGCUCCCCUUCUCUGGCCUGGCUUCCUGCCCUGCCAGCCUCUCUGCACCCCCACUCCCGGGUCCUGACCCCACCCUCCUGAUAAAGUCCUGUUUUACAGGAGCAUUGCAGCUCAGUUCAGUAGAUCUCUACUGUGAUCCCUUAUCAUCCUGUGGUUGGACCCCUCUGCCUGCCCUGGAGGUGCCCUUGCUUCAUGCGCUGCUGUGCCCACAGGACCGGGGCUUCUGUGUGGAAGUGAACACAGCCUUUGAGGACUUCGCCCACGUCAUAAGCUUUGACAAGAGGGCUGCUGCGCUGGACGCAGGCAACAUCAAGCUGACCUUCAAUAGUCUACUGGAGAAAGCAGAGGCACGGGAGAGAGAGCGGGAGAAGGAGGAGGCACGAAGGCUGCGGCGCAGGGAAGCUGCCUUCCGAAGCAUGCUGAGGCAGGCCGUGCCUGCCCUGGAGCUGGGCACUGCUUGGGAAGAGGUCCGUGAGCGCUUUGUGUGCGACUCAGCCUUUGAGCAGAUAACCCUGGAGUCGGAGCGGAUCCGGCUCUUCCGGGAGUUCCUGCAGGUACUGGAGACUGAAUGCCAGCACCUCCACACGAAAGGCCGGAAGCACGGCAGAAAGGGCAGGAAGCACCAUCGCAGGCGUUCCCACUCGCCCUCAGGCUCCGAGUCGGAAGAGGAGGAGCUGCCCCCACCAUCUCUCCGGCCCCCCAAGCGGAGGCGGCAGAACCCCUCCGAAUCUGGCUCUGAGCCCUCUUCCUCACUUGAUUCAUUUGAAAGUGGGGGUGCUGCCCUUGGAGCACGGGGCUCCCCAUCCUCCCGCCUUCCCCUUGGAUCAGAUCACGGCCUUCGGAGAGCCAAGAAGCCAAAAAAGAAAGCUAAAAAGAGAAGACACAAGUCGAACAGUCCUGAGAGUGUGACAGACCCGGAGGAGAAAGCUGGCAAGGAGAGUGAUGAGAAAGAACCAGAACAGGACAAGGACAGGGAGCUCCGGCUGGCAGAGCUCCCUAAUCGCUCCCCAGGUUUUGGAAUCAAGAAGGAGAAGACGGGCUGGGACACAUCAGAAAGUGAGCUGAGUGAGGGGGAGCUGGAAAGGCGGCGGCGGACACUCCUACAGCAGCUGGAUGACCACCAGUGAACUGACCAGCGGCUCUGCCUGGGUCUGUGGCUACUAGGUCACCCUCACCGUCUGCCCCAGACUUCUUCCUUGGUCUGGUCUGUGUCCAUUUUUCCUCAAGUAACCCCACUCCCAACACACCAUUGCCAGCACCUGCCAAGGUUGCUCAUGGUGUUCAACAGUCCCCUACUUCCCGGACAACUAGUGCAGUCCUUGCCCUCAGCCCCACAAGAUUGGUGGUGUAUGCCACGUGGGGUGGGUGGUGCCAGUAGAUAGAAUGUGAGAAGGGGCCUCCAGGGAAGAGUGACAGGCUGGUGGACACAGCCUGGGUGGCAGAGGGCUGGGUCCUUACCCUUUAGCAUCAGUGCCUGCUCCUGCCUGCACGGGGCCCUGGGGCUCCACCACUCCUUCCUCCAGCCCUGGGACCCUGUGUAUGUGUGUUUUGUUUUAUAAAUAACAAUAUUUAUAACGUG